UUAGCGGCGGCAUCAGUCACGGCAGUGACACACUAUAGUUUCGUAACUAGACCUAGACACGUUCGUGUUCUACUCGACAACAGAGAGGCGCCGAGUCAAGAUUUCCGUUUCGCAUAAAUUUUCAUUCGUAAAAACAUAACUCUUCUACCUCGUCCGACAUGGACAGCAACGUAGCGAUGAGUCUCGCUGACCGGAUAGUCGCGGCCAAGGCGUGCGUCGCGCUCGUACUGGGCACGUGCUCGUUCGCCAUCGCGCUGUUGCCGCUGAAAUUCACCGACCGCUGGCGUCUGUCCGCCGAGUACAGUACCAAUCGCAUCCCCCGGAAACCGACGGCCGCGUCGCUUCUGCUGUGCUUCGGCGGCGGCGUGCUGCUGUUCACCGCGCUGCUCCACCUGCAACCGGACGUCCGGCAGUCGGUGCGCGCGCUCCAGGCGGCCGGCCGGCUGCCCGACACCCAACACCUCGGCGAUCUGAUAUUCUGCGUCGGGUUCUUCGCGGUGUUCGGCGUGCACGAGGCCACGAGCAAGGCGCGCGUCGUCUUCGAACGCAGAACGGGCGCCGUUCGCCCGCCGCAGAAAUCGUUCCACUGCCUGUACGUGGCCGUGGUGGCGCUGUCGUUGCACGAGACGUUCCUGGGCCUGUCCGCCGGGCUGCAGUCGGUGGCCACGGCCGGCGGCGUGUGGGCCGCGUACGCCGCCGUGGCGGCGAACAAGCUGAUCGUCGCGUACUGCCUGGGCCAAGAACUGGCCUGGUCCCAAGUCCGGAAGCCCGCCAUCGUCACGUGCGCGGCCAUGUUCGCCGCGGUCACGCCAGUCGGAGUGGCCGUCGGCAUGGCGCUGUCGCAGUGCUGUAUCGGCGCCGCCGCCGAGGCGCCCGGCGUCGCGGAGGUGGUCACGCAGGGGCUGGCCGCCGGUUCGCUGGCGUUCGUCAUGUUCUCCGAAGUGUUGAUCAGGCAGAAGCGGUCCGGUUUAACGCACGUGUUGGCCACCGCCAUCGGGUUCGGUGUCAUGCUACUGUUACAGACUUUCACUCAUCGCCAACAAUAGACCCAAGACAUGAAAGAUUUUGAUGACCAUCUACAUGCUGAUGUAUCUCGGAAACACGUUUUUUUUUAGAAUUCUUCAAAUCUAUAUGAUAUAAUAUAAUGUUAUAUGAAUAUUGUGUAAAACGUUUAUUGACCACUAUAUCGAAUUAAAUUUAGUAUGCACUAUUUAUU